AUGGAGAAAAUUCUGCAUGUUCUGUGUGCUUGCUUUGGCAUGGCUGCUUGGCUUGCUGUCAAUGGCUGCUGGAUCGAGCUACCUCUUCUCGUCUCGGUCAUGCCUGAAAGCUGGAAUCUGGCCUCGCACAUGUCGAUUAUCAUCCAGUGCGCGAAUAUUGGCCCGCUUGUAAUCACGCUUUUGGACAUGUACUGCCCCAGCCGGUUAAAACUAAAGCCUCUUAUUUAUAUUUUGCUGCUCAUCGGCCUUUGCGCUCAAUUCCUGAUGUUUUUCUUCUGGAACGAUACAGUUGAAAUUAACGGAAGCAGCUAUUCCGUCCCCUUUUUGUUCUUUUCUUUGCCGCUUCACUCGUUGACUGUACUUCCUCAGUUUCUUUCAUCCCCUUUAUGA